UCCGUGGAUAGCGCCUCAGGUGCUAACGAACUUCCAUUUAUCGAGGCGUUACAUGACCACUUCUUGACGCAAACUAACCACACACCGACUCGCGGUAGUAACAUUCUUGAUCUAGCGAUAAGAAGUGCCCCAGAUCACACCAAAGUGACCGAGGCGUUGUUACCUGAUAAAGCCGGUGUUUUUACGGAUCAUUGUGUAGUCCUGUUUGAGUACAAUUCUUUUGUUAAUGCGUCCUCACACCCGCGCAAAUUUGUCUACGACUACGCAAUUGGCGAUUUUGAAGGUUUGCGUGAAGCUCUCUCGGCAAUCAAUCUUUCUUCUAUUGUGGGCCAUAACAAUAUAGAUGAUGACUGGCGGUGCUGGAAGGACUUAUUCUUAGCUGCUGUCAAGGACUUCGUGCCAUCGAAGAAACUGAAAGGCCGUAACUCGGUUCCUUGGAUAGAUAGUAAUAUUUUAAACCUAAUCAAGAAAAGAACUCAGUUCGCCAAAAACUGAAGUCACAUCCGAACGCCGGCCUGAGGGAUAAGUUUAAGUCUCUGCGCGCGCAAGUCAAGAAACUGCUUCGCGAAAACUAUGAUCACUUUUACUACUCCAUUGACACUGGCUUUAGAUUCAAUCCCAAGCGCUUAUGGUCAUUUUGAAGCCUAACUCUAAAUCUCAUCCCAUCCUAGGCCAUGUCUCCAUGGUAACCGUCCCAGACUCUUCCGCUGACCAGUCACAAAACCCUUCAAGAGUAAGUGCUGAUACACCUGCGGGAAUAGCUGACCUGUUUAACAGUUUUUUUGCCUCUGUAUUUACUAUCGACAGCGCAGUGGAGAAGACAGCGUGCAUACGUUCGGACACUGUUAUAUCCGAUCUAACUUUCAGUGAGUCCACGGUUCUAGCUGCACUCAAAGCACUAGAAGUCGGUAAAGCCACAGGGCCGGACGAAAUCCCUGCUAAAUUGCUCAAAGAGACUGCCUCAGUGAUUGCUCCUUCCUUAUGUAAGAUCUUCAACAAAUCACCGCAACUAGGGUCUCUUCCGAGUGACUGGAAACUAGCUAACGGCGUGCCUGUCCACAAAAAGGGUGCGAAAGACCACGUGGAAAAUUAUGCCCCAUCUCUCUACUCCCAAUAGUGUCCAAGGUCUUUGAGCGUCGUCUGUUGAAUAGCAUCAUGGACCACCUGUACAAUGUAAUUUCACCUAAACAACAUGGUUUUUGUACUGGAAGAUCGUGCGUCACCAACCUGCUUGAGGCUUUUGACCACAUUGGUUCACUUUUAGAUAGUGGCAGCCAGGUUGACACCAUCUACUUUGAAAUGUCUAAAGCUUUCGACAAAGUCAGUCACAGGCGCCUCGUCCAUAAGGUAAUCCAGGCCGGUUUCGGUGGCAAACUGCUUAACUGGUUCUGCUCUUACCUGUCAGGUCGACGCCAACGCGUUACGGUACUCGGCGCCACUUCAGAGGAUCUUCCUGUUACCUCUGAAGUAUCUCAGCGUUCCGUACUCGGACCAGCCCCCUUCCUCUUAUACGUCAACGACCUUCCCGAAGUCAUCAGUUCUAGCAGUCGAGUAUUGAUGUUCGUUGACGACACAAAAAUAUUCAGCGAGAUAAAGACUUUGGGAGAUGCCUCUUCUCUCCAGAAAGACCUUGGUAAG